GAGUGCGCGCGUGUCUGUGUGUGUGGGUGCGUGUUGUGUGUGCGAAAACAGAGCAAAAACAAUUGCGCGACAAAAAUUGAAAAUAUCAUUAAAUAUUAAAUAGCUACAGUAAAUUGUGAAAUUUGAAACAUAUAAGUUACAUUUAGUAGAGUAUUCUUUACAUAAAUAAUAUCAAUUUAUAGGCAUUUCGUGUAGCAAAAGCUAUCCCCUAGCCACCCCACCCCCCAUCCAUAGACAGUAUGAUGAGCCUGCUGGGCCGACCCGAUGUGGACGCGGGUGAAGUUUUUGUCAAUUUUAAUCAAAACAUAACUUCGCUUGCAGUUGCCACCAGCGGCGGCUACAGCCUGUAUAGCUUGGGCUCGGUGGAUUCGGCACUGGAUAAAAUCUAUCACACGAAAAGCGAUGAGCUGUUUUUAAUUGAACGUUUAUUCGAGAGUUCGCUGGUGGCCAUUGUUUCGCAGAGGGCGCCCAGAAAACUGAAGGUGUGUCAUUUCAAGAAGCAGAGCGAAAUCUGCAAUUACUCCUAUGCCAACACAAUUUUGGCUGUGAAAUUGAAUCGGGAACGUUUGAUUGUCUGUUUGGAGGAGUCGUUGUACAUACACAAUAUCCAGGAUAUGAAGGUGGUGCAUACCAUACGGGAUACUCCAUGCAAUCCAUUGGGCUUAUGUGCUCUCUCCUCAUCAUCGGACCAUUGCUAUCUGGCCUAUCCGGGCAGUGUGACCUCGGGUGAGGUUCAAAUCUUUGAUGCCAUCAAUUUGCACGCCAAGACCAUGAUACCCGCUCAUGAUACUCCACUGGCGGCCAUUGCCUUCAGUCCAUCAGGCACAGAGAUAGCCACAGCUAGCGAGAGAGGCACAGUUAUACGAGUCUUUAGCUCCCAGGAUGGCAGUCGAUUGUUUGAACUGCGUCGAGGACUCAAGCGUUGUGUGUCGAUUGUGUCACUAUCGUUUAGCACUUGCUCCGAUUAUUUGGUGUCCAGCUCGAACACAGAAACGGUGCACAUCUUUCGCCUAGAUCGUAGUGCCACGGAGCAAUCCGAUCAUGGGAAGCAAUCGAGUGACGAUUGGAUGGGAUUCUUGAGCAAAACGGUCACCAGUUACCUGCCCACACAGGUGACCGAUGUGUUCAGCCAGGGACGAGCCUUUGCUUCGGUCACACUGCCCGAGGCAGGAGUGCGUCGAAUGUGCGCCAUAGCCACAAUACAAAAGCAACUUAGGCUUUUGAUUGCCUCGCAGGAUGGUUACUUGUAUGUAUAUUCCAUACCCUCAAUUGAGGGAGCAGAGUGUCAGCUUAUCAAGAGACAUGAUCUGCGCCUGGAGGAUCAUUAUGCCAUGGAUAUUAAAGGUGCUUAGUAUAAUCGCACAAACACACAUACACACACAAAUUCCCACACUCCUCGUAUUUUUACACCUCCCCCCCACAUUCAACAUACAUACAAAUCGCAAAAGAAUAUUCCUUUUAGUUAAAUUCACCUUGAACUUUAGGCCUUAACAGUGGUGUGAGCAUUGGUGGUGCGGCUGGAGUACCACCCGGCAGUGGUGGUGGUGCUAGUGGUGCUUCUGCUGUCGAUGGCAAGAGUUCGGAUAAACCAGGCAGCUCUACGGGUGGAGGAGGUGUAGGAUCCGGUUCCGGGGCUGGAUCUGUAGGAGGAGGCGGAGGAUCCGGAUCAAAUGCCAGCUAUGCCUCAACUGUUAAGGGUGACGAGCCAACUGGUGGCUCUGCUUCUUCCACUUAAAUGUGUAAAACAUUUCGGUUUUGGCAAAUACACUCAUUCAUCAAAAAAAAAAAAAAAGAAAAA